AUGUAAAGUACAAAAAAAAUGAAAUCAUAUAUUGAAGAUUAAGAUAUGGAGAUGAAAUCUUUAAAGGCUUAAUAAAUAUCAUCAAUUACUUUCAAAAUGUAUUGUCUCAUUUUAUCAAAGAACUUUAGUGUUAAUUAAGAGGAGUAUAUAAGAAAAUCUGAAUUCCCUUAAACUAAAUCCAUAAGUAAUUUAAAAAUUUAAAAUAGAAACUGUUCAUCAUCUGACUUUGGAAGUGAAGAAUAGGGAGUCAAAUUAUCCUAUAAAGAAAUGAAGACUUAAAAUCAUAUAUUAGAACUUUUAGAGACUUAUAAUCAAUAAUCGAAAGAAAGAGAACAAUAAAAUAAGUUAAUAAUGUUUAAUUUUAUGAUCCAAAAUAUAAUAAAGAAAUAAUGA